UGUGAUAGGAACAGAUAUUGUGUAGGGAUAGUAAUCAGUCGUUUAGCAGCAGCUGUUUUAGAGACUUCUGUACAGUGCCCUUUUCUGUUUGUGCCGUUGUUAAUUGAUGUAAUUUGUCUCCGCUUUUAGUGACAUGCUAUUGCUAGUAGUAUUGGUAACUUUACCAAAUGUACCACCCACCGGCAGCUGCUGGUGACCCUUAAACCCUUCAUACUACCAUGGCACUGUUACCCCAAAGUCCGUCAUACCUCACUGGCACGCUGCUGACUGCUGUUUGUGGGACAUCUAACAGUAUGGAGAGGACCCCUCAGGAUCUUUCUCCUGCGUCAACGCUACCUGCCCUUGAACAGUUGAUGGCGUUGGCUUUAAUGUAUACCUUGUUAAUGCCGCUGUUUGGGACAAGUCACCCUUGUUGACCAGUAUUGAGGAUGGCACCUAGCUGCAUAAGCAAGUCGUACCGUAACUAUGUCGCAGAGCCCCUGUAUUUCACGGUACUGUGCGAGUUUAAUUGAUAUCCUUCUUUUACUAACUGUAAGUAGGAGGUUUGGCAUCGCACUCCCAUUACUGUGUUCAUCAUUAGUACUACCACACUGAUAUCCAUGUUCAUAUUGGCCUUACCAAGUACAGUACACUUGGCAUCUGCCUGCAUGGAUUCAUUAUGCAGCAUAUCUCAUGAGAAUGUGGCACUGAACCCUCAAGGUCCAUCUUUCUACUGACAUGACCUCCAUCUGUCUCCCUGCCUUUUUGUGUCCUGACCCUGUCAUCUAUGAUAUGGUGCAUUAUGGCCAUGCUAAUCAGCUACGGCAAGCUCGUGCCAUGGGCGACUACCUGGUUGUUGGAGUGCACACAGAUGAGGAAAUUGCCAAACAUAAGGGUCCCCCAGUGUUCACUCAAGAAGAAAGGUAUAAAAUGGUUCGUGCCAUCAAGUGGGUCGACGAGAUUGUGGAAGGUGCUCCAUAUGUCACCACUCUGGAAACUUUGGACAAGUACAACUGUGCUUUUUGUGUGCAUGGUGAUGACAUCACUCUGACUGUUGAUGGUAAAGACACUUACCAGGAAGUUAAGACAGCAGGAAGAUACAGAGAAUGUCACCGCACCCAGGGAGUGUCCACUACAGACCUGGUAGGCCGUAUGUUGCUGAUGACUAAAGCACACCACACCAAUAUUGAAAAGAACUCAGACUAUCAGAAGCACACAGAUAACUUUGGCAAGGGUCCCAAGGGUCGCAGUCCAUGGACAGGAGUUUCUCAGUUCUUGCAGACCUCACAGAAGAUAAUUCAGUUUGCAUCGGGUAAAGAACCAUCACCUGGAGACACAAUUAUUUAUGUUGCUGGUGCCUUUGAUCUAUUCCAUAUUGGGCAUGUGGAUUUCUUGGAGAAAGUGUAUAAGCUGGCAGAGAAACCAUACAUUAUUGCUGGGCUACAUUUUGAUCAGGAAGUAAAUCGUUAUAAAGGCAAGAACUACCCCAUAAUGAAUAUCCACGAGAGAACUCUAAGUGUCCUUGCCUGCCGGUAUGUCUCCGAGGUAGUUAUUGGAGCCCCAUAUGCAGUCACUGCAGAUCUCCUGGAUCAUUUCAAGAUUGACCUGGUAUGCCAUGGAAUAACCGAAGUAAUUCCUGACAAAGAUGGCUCAGACCCCUAUGCAGAACCAAAAAAUCGAGGCAUCUUCCAUACUGUGGACAGCUACAGCAGUCUCACUACAGAUAUUAUUGUCCAGAGAAUAAUCAGAAACAGGUUGGAAUUUGAAGCAAGAAACCAGAAGAAGGAAGCCAAGGAACUGGCUGUGCUUGAGGCUCUAAAGAAGCAGAAGAAGAAUGCUGUGGCUGAAGAGCAGAAUGGAAUCCGGGAACAGGAAGUGCAAGACAUCUAAUGUAGCUGGAAUGAAAGCUAGUAUUCUCUUACUAAAUUCAGCAGCACAGUCUAUGUCUGACAUCAACAUACUGACCUCGGACAGCACCUUCAUGUCAGCAGUAAAACUGCACUAAGAAUUUUAACCAGACUAACUUUCUGUUGUCCCAGAUUCCUCUUCUGUCUGGAGAUGUAGCUUCAUUUUUCCUUCUCUGGUGUAUACCAAAGCAUCAGAGUUCUGUGCCUGUGUUUAUAGCUGUUGAAUUUACUGGUAAACUAAAUGAAAUACCUUUGAUUUCAAGGCUUUGAGGAAAAAAGUGUUAACUCACUCAAGGUGUUUUACUUGUAAAAGAAGUCUCUGACAUUGUAUACAAUAUACAGUAAGGCAUUGCAAGAAAAGUAAUUAGUUCUAGGGGCUGUAGUAGCUCUCUCAGGUUAAAAAGAAACUUACUUUGCCAGAGGCAUGCUGAAUAUAACAUUUUAAACUGUAUUUUAUUUAAUGAAUGAAUGGCACUAGAACAUUUUUAUUCAGGGGCAGCUGUAUCAACAUUCUGUAAUGCCUCACAAGUGAUGAGCCUGAAGGUUUGAAACGGACAGCCUUUGAGUACAGAAAAGUCAUUAGAGUCAUGGUGACUUGGGUUGCUAAUUGUUCUCAGACAGGAGAAUUCCAGUCUUGUAUCCCUGGCUUUCAUAUCCCAAACUUGUAGAUUUUAAAAAGUCAUCUCAUUUUCAGUUUGGCAAGUUAAAUUUCAGUGAAACGCUGACUGUCAUUAAGUAAAAUGGCAGGCAUAUCGCUGACAGACUGCCUUGGUCUUUGCCUGCACAUUUUGGGUGCUGCAUCAACGUUUUGUCAAAAGUAAUCACUUCUGUUUUAACUUUCCUGAGAAAAUGUUUUGGAAUUGUUUGACUUGUGUGAUUUGCUGUGCAUUUUUGCUUUUCUUAUUGAACAAAAAGAAGCCCUGACAAAUAUGCACUGUGCUGAGAGGGGAGGGAUGACACAGGGGGAAGGCAGAAUUUUGUAUCCCCCGCCCCACAAAAAGAAAAAAGUGAAGAUCACAAGGAGAAAUCCUUCUACGUCAGAUAACUGUGUUUAAAUUAUUGUUUUGAUAAUAACAUAGCCAAUUUCUAAGCAUUUUUUCUAACUGGGAAGUUGAACAGCCACAUAUCUGAAACACAUCAGUUUUGGAGUUAUUACAUGACGUGUGGUUGUCUGCUGCUGGUGUAACUCUUGAAAUAUUCAGAGCCACUAAUUGGACUGGAUUGGUUUGAGUAAACAGGGAAAUAACUUGCUUCAUACAUUUUGGUUGAAAUCAGAACCCACAAAUGUGAAUGUUUAAGUUCUGUUUUUGUAUAAUUGUUAGUUCAGUUUUGUAGUCUUAAUUUUGCAUUAUAAAUGGCAUUACUGUGUAUAACUGUAUGGACAUAACCACUUUAAGCUUAAUCAAGCAUAUAUGGUCUGCAAACUCUAAUGUUAGUAAGUCAGCCCACACCAUCCCUCUCCAAAAACUCUGCAUUCCUAUGCCCUUAUUUGGAAAUGUAGUUUGGAAAAUGGAGCCAAUUAAAGCCUAUUGCAUACCUGUAUAGUUCUGUCCCGAUUUCAGAAUUACUUAUUCUCUGGGAGUAUGUUGCACCAAGAUCUCCAGCAGCUGUAAAACAGGAGCAAGUUGGCACAGCUUCCUACCCUGAGCACAGGUUAAUUUCAAAUAUAGCGUCUGGUGAGUCUGUUUGGUGCAGGCAAAGGAUAUCCUUUUAAAACAGAACAGCAAGCCAGAGACUGGACAAGCAACAUUUUGGGUUUAUACUAGCAAUUUUUUUGUUAAUACCUGUAAUGUGGACUAAAAAUUAAGAAAACAUGUCUACUGGAAAUUACUGUGAGCCAUCAGCCACUGCCUGGGUUCGAACAUCUGCAUUCAGUUAGUUUAUGUUAGUGUUUUGCUUGCUUUUUGGAACCUCCUUCUCCUUUAUCAUCAAGCCCUUGUCCCCCAUUGGUUGUCUGAAGCCAAAUUUCCAGUUGUGGAGGAAUCAUCUGAGGUGAGUAGUCAUCUGCAGAUGGUUUGGAUUUUUAUUUUGUGCCGUACCCUUUUUUGUCCUGCCCCAUGCCUAAUGUGCAGCGAUGUCAUUGUGGACCCAAGUCCACUGAUGAUGUGCUGUAGCAUUUAUCAUUGUCUUUGGAUGGGGGCUGAAACCCACUUUUCUGCUAUAUGUCAUUGCCCCUCCAGAAAACAUAUCCUACAACUAGGAUAGGUGUGCCAGCAAAGCAUUACUUAUUCCUACUACCCCACCCAGCCCUUGGACGUGGACCUUAGAGACUGAGUUGACCAAUUUAACUAAGGUCUCCUGCUCCAUGGAGCUUGAGUGUCCUUCUCACUUUCACACCAUUAUACCCUACCUCAGUCAAGUGCAGCAUCUUGGCUGUUCUGAUUUUCUUCACUUCCUCUGUAGAUUAAGCAUUUGUCAUAUUAGUUUUUUCUGCAUUUACCUUUUUACCCAGUCUUAUUGGAGAUGGUUUUACUGCUUAGGAAGACUGCAUGGGACAAAACCCAAUAGACAGUUAAUGUGCUUCUCUCUUUCUGAUGCAUACUGAUUGCUUUGAUUCCCAUUUAUUUUACUGCCACUUGUGACUUUUGAGUUCGAUUUAACUAUUUUAUCCAGCUAAACAUUUUCACCAAGUUACUGAAGGCAGAUCAGCAAGCACAUCCCAUUUUAAUCCCACACCUCAGCUGACUCACUCAGUCAACACAAAGCUUCCUGUCAAUUAUUUUUCUGCUGGGUAGUUGGAAGAUAGAAAGAUGUACCCAUUGGUUGAGGGUGUGUUACUUUUUUGUUUUAGAGCACUCCAUGUUGAUGAGUAGGGAGUGGGCAUUCAGGAAGAUUAACAGAUCACCAUGCAUACCUUCUUGCUUUAUGUGGCAGUGAAAUGCUGAACAAAUUACAUUAUUUAAAUAAUGUAAAGUAAAUAAAUGCAAUUACUUUGUUCUUACAUUGUACUUAAAUUAAAAAAAAAAAUAUAUAUAUAUAUAUAUUAAAUAAAUUAUUUAUCUUUAAAAUGUGUGGAUUAAAUGUAUUUUUUUUAAAUCCUUAGGCUGGGUCUUGGAACUAUUUUGGUGGGAAGCAACAGAAAAAGUACUCAGUUGAUCUGUGAUUAGUCAUUCUAAUGUGGUUUAACUGUUGUGAUCUUGAAUUAGCCAGUUUGUCGACUUCACUGGUGAGACUGUCACAGACUAAUGCCAACAUGGUAAAUGUCUCUGUACCAGCUUGAGUUCCUCUGCUGGAUUUAUUAUUAAAGAUUGUUCUGAAUAUUUAA